GCCACUUGUGGUGGUGGUGGGUCAUCCAUUUGCGGCCCGGCCUCCUCUUCAAAAGCAACGGCCACUAAACGGAGCAAAAUGGCCCAGUGGGCACAUGCAUAUCCAUAAUACUCUGGUCACUGCUCGGCUCCACUCUCCACUCUCCACUCUCCACUCUCCACUCUCCACUCUCUCGCUUUGUUUAUUUCACUAUUUUAGUGCAGUGCACCCCCACAUGCACACACUAUUAUAAGUAUACCACUCUCAAUGCUACCAAUCUAUCAAGCCAGCCAGCCACUUACAUCGAUCACACAACUAAUUAGGCUUUUCUUUUGCAGUAGACAAUCAAAUCAAAAGAUGCAUUCUUGUCUCAUUUUCCUACUCUUCUGGUUAUCCUUCUCGUCUUCCAGGUACAGCUCGGCCGCCGGUAGAAUAAGCAACUUGGAAUAUCAUUCCCGCGAUAAGAAUCCCCCUAGUGUCGCAAAUGCCAGCCCGACCACCGGUGCCUCCGGCUCGGGCCACGGGCCCGACUGGGACUACAACUGGGGUUGGGGCUCAAGUCCAGGAACUGGCUGGGGUUAUGGUUCGGGGUCGGGCCGGUCGCCAACCGGGUAUGGGAGGGGAUUCGGCUGGGGUUUCGGGGUAGGAACCGGCUCGGGUUGGGGUUCUGGCUAUGGUUCAGGGAGUGGCGGUGCACAUGGCGGUGGCUAUGGACACGGAAGCAGGUCAGGAGGAGGAUAUGGUGGUGGAGGGACGAAUAGAGGAACCGGCAAUUCUGGUGGCCGUGGCCGUGGCCGUGGCCGUGGAAUGGAUAACCAGGACCAUGGUUGAUUGAUUUGAUGGAUAUAGAUGGCAUUGAUCACACGUACGUCCCUAGCUAGCUAAAUCAUAAUUAAUUAAUAUUAAUGCAACUCUACUCUGCAUACAUCAUUAAUUGCUAUCUUGUAGGCAGAAAGUUUUAUAGCUUAGGCGAUGCGUCUGUUGUUUCAAUUUUAUCGUUUGUACUCAUCUCUGGUAAGGCUUAUAUAUAUCGUAAUGAAGCCAAGCCAAUGAGAGUCGUUUAAUUACCCAACACAAGUUGCAACCAAGGUUUUCAGAA